AUGGAUGAAAGCCAGCAACCAGAUGCUCAAGGAACGCGGAGAAGCAGCCAACAGCCACAAGAGUCAGAUGAGAACAAGCCAGCACAACUUGAAAAUGAGCAAGUGCAGCCACAGGACCAUCAGAAACUUCCUGAGGAGGAAAAAUUCUACCUGCGCAGAAGAACUAGUGUAGAAGUAAAAUCUGCAGGUCAACAGACCAGUGAGAGUUUGUUCAUAGACUACCUAACAAAAAUAUAUGGCCCUCGUCCACUAGGUGAGGCUCCUCGUCCACUAGGUGAUCAACCAAAGGCUACAGAGGAUCAGCCCCCAGAGAGUGAUGAAAUCAAGGUUGAAGCUACAGUAGAGGAGGAAGAAAAACAAGAACCAGUCCCUGGUGGGGGUGAUGAAGCAGAAGCAGAGGUACAGCAGCCUCCCCAACUAGAGGCCCAAGAGCCCCAAGAUACAGAGUUGCAGACAAGUGAGCAACAACCAGAGGAUCCGGGGUCCCAGCAAGAGAGCCAACAGGCAGAAGGGCCAGGGUCCCAGCAAGAGAGCCAACAGGCAGAGGGGUCAGAGUCCCGGAAAGGGAGCCAACAGGCAGAGGGGCCAGUGUCCAGGAAAGAGAGUCAACAGGAGGAGAUGCCAGGGUCCCAGAAAGAGAGCCAACAAGAAGAGAUGCCAGGGUUCCCAAAAGAGAGUGAACAGGAGGAGAUGCCAGGGUCCCCGAAAGAUAACCAAUAUGAGGAGAUGCCAGGGCUCCCAAAAGAGAGUGAACAGGAGGAGAUGCCAGGGUCCCGCAAAGACAGCCAACAGGUGGAGAUGCCAGGGGUCCCAAAAGAGAGUGAACAGGAGGAGAUGCCAGGGUCCCGCAAAGACAGCCAACAGGUGGAGAUGCCAGGGGUCCCAAAAGAGAGCCAACAGGAGGAGAUGCCAGGGUCCCGCAAAGAGAGCCAACAGGUGGAGAUGCCAGGGUCCCGCAAAGACAGCCAACAGGUGGAGAUGCCAGGGGUCCCAAAAGAGAGCCAACAGGAGGAGAUGCCAGGGUCCCGCAAAGACAGCCAACAGAUAGAGAUGCCAGGGUCCCGCAAAGAGAGCCAACAGGUGGAGAUGCCAGGGUCCCGCAAAGAGAGCCAACAGGUGGAGAUGCCAGGGUCCCGCAAAGAGAGCCAACAGGUGGAGAUGCCAGGGUCCCGCAAAGAGAGCCAACAGGUGGAAAUGCCAGGGUCCCGCAAAGAGAGCCAACAGGUGGAGAUGCCAGGGUCCCGCAAAGAGAGCCAACAGGUGGAGAUGCCAGGGUCCCGCAAAGAGAGCCAACAGGUGGAGAUGCCAGGGUCCCGAAAAGACAGCCAACAGGUGGAGAUGCCAGGGUCCCGCAAAGAGAGCCAACAGGUGGAGAUGCCAGGAUCCCGCAAAGAGAGCCAGCUAUUUGCACUGCAUGAAUCUCAACUGCAUACCCACCUAUCUGUGGAUGAAGUAACUGAACAACCAGGUCCCUCUGAAAGCCAAGAAACGCUAGGGAGCAUUGUGUCAUUUACCGAAGGGGAGGAUGUAGCUCUGCAGACAUACAGCAUUGUUUCUCUACCGGAUGGAAUUUGGCUGAACAGGAAGACAGGCAAGUUUUUGGUAAGCCACAGUCAACAGACAACAGUCACUUCACUUUCAGCCCUGAAUCAAAUAGCAUUGGAAGAGGCAGCAAUUGCUUCAAAGCCAUCUGGACUUGGUGCUGGCGGUGAGGGAGUGGUGGCCAAGGCCUUGGAAAUGCCUCCGGAUACUGCUACAGCAGAAGCAAAGCCUGAAGAAGACCAACCGCCACCUUUAAGCCAGGAAUCCCGCCGUGCUAGUCAGCAGUCGAGGCACAGCCAAGGAUCCCGCCGUGGCAGCCAGAUUCCUUUGGAGCAAGAACCCAGUCCUGCCAACCAGCCAGCUUCUGACGACCAGAAGGAAGAGGAGCACCAGGAAGCAGAGGAUGCUGAGAAAGAGUUGAGCCAUCGCUUGAGCGAAGCAGCCCUGGAGAGCAUAGCAGCAGCCGCGGAUGGAGAGGACAAUGUAUCUCAACGGACUUAUAGUUCCAUUUCUCUAGCGAAAGGAUCCUUUGUCAACAAAAGAACAGGCAGGUCACUGAUAUCUCAGCAACUGCAGACUGAAGAGUCUUCAUUUCAUAACCCUGGAGAAGCAGUGGAAGCACCCCAGGAGCAAGUACCUGCAGAAGACCAGGACCAAGUACCUGCAGAAGACCAGGACCAAGUACCUGAAGCACCUCAGGACCAAGUACCUUUAGAAGACCAGGACCAAGUACCUGAAGCACCCCAGGACCAAGUACCUGAAGAAGACCAGGUUGAAAACCCCGAGCCAAGUGAACCUGAGAACCCGGGGGAAUAA